UCAGAAUGACGCAACCUCCCAUCAGCUGUUUUUGUUUUGCAGUGUAAUGUUGGAAGUUUAUAACAUGAUAAUAACAAUAUUAUCGACUUACGCAAGUAAAACAGCUCAUUAAGGAGAGGUUAACUUUUGUUUAGUCUUGUUCGGUUAGCUCGCCCGCAAGCUGAUGGUGUGUGUUGACUGAUCCUGCCUGCCCGGACAUUCCUCCUCCCUGAAGAGUGCGAGCGUGGCGUUUGGAGGAGUCAGGGGAGGGGGGUUAGAGGAGGAGAAGCGGGCUCCGGCAGGGAUCGACCUGAGUCAGAGGCCUCCACCCUUGGUCAAGGAGAGGACGGCGAUCUAGGCGGCUCGGAUGGAGUCCGAGGACGUGUCGGAGGCACCCGGAGUGCAGCGAGGCAGCUUCAUCUGCGCCUCGUUUAACCAGGACACCACAUCUCUCUCUGUGGGCACUAAGACUGGCUACCGGCUCUUUUCUGUCACAUCUGUGGACAAACUGGACCGUAUCCAUGAAGGAGUGGAGUGUCCAGAUGUUUAUAUAGUGGAGCGGUUGUUCUCCAGCAGUCUGGUAGUGGUGGUCAGUCUCUCCAUGCCCAGACGAAUGAACGUCUACCACUUUAAGAAGGGAACAGAGAUUUGUAACUACAGCUACUCCAACAACAUCCUCUCUGUCAAGCUCAACAGGCAGCGGCUUGUGGUGUGCCUGGAGGAGUCGAUCUACAUCCACAACAUCAGGGACAUGAAGCUGCUCAAGACCCUGCUGAACACGCCCGUCAACCUGUCGGGUCUGUGUGCACUGUCUGUCAACCAUGGAAACUCCUACCUUGCCUAUCCCGGCAGCGCCACCAUCGGAGAGAUCACGGUCUACGACGCCAACAACCUGAGCACGGUGACUCUAAUCCAGGCUCACGACAGUCCUCUCGCAGCCCUGGCCUUCAACGUCUCUGGCUCCAAACUCGCCAGCGCAUCUGAGAAGGGUACCGUUAUCAGAGUUUUCAGCAUUCCUGAGGGUCAGAGGUUGUUUGAAUUCCGGCGAGGAAUGAAGAGAUAUGUCAGCAUCAGCUCCUUGUCCUUCAGUGCAGACGCUCAGUUCCUGUGUGCCUCCAGCAACACUGAGACUGUCCAUAUCUUUAAACUGGAGCAGCACAGCCCCGGUCAAGAUAAAGAGUCUCCUACAUGGUCCGCCUAUGUGGGUAAAAUGUUCACCGCUGCCAGCACGUACCUACCCACACAUGUGUCCGACAUGAUGAACCAAGACAGAGCAUUCGCCACCGUACGGCUCAACAUGUUCGGCCUAAAGAACAUCUGUGCCCUGGCGACGAUCCAGAAACUUCCUCGCCUGCUGGUGGCCUCCUCAGAGGGCUUUCUUUACAUUUAUAAUGUGGAUCCACAGGACGGAGGUGAAUGUGUCCUUGUGCAAAAACACAGGCUCUUUGAGUCUAACGAGGAGCAGGAAGAAGAGAAAAAAGGAGAAAACCAAGAGGAUGUGCUUCCACAACCAGCUGGCCAAUCAUAUGCUGCCACAGUGGCUCUUCCUUCCACCCCGCCCUCCUCCACCACGCUCAUGGGCUACUCAGAAGACGUUGGAGUGCAGAAGGGCGAAGUCAUCCCUGAGCACGAAUUUGCAGAGGCUCCCAUCUGUCUGGACGAUGAGAAUGAGUUUCCUCCUGUCGGCAACCAGAGUAACUGAUCACGUCUCCCGCUGCUUUCCAAGAAACCUCCCUGUGUGAAACAGGAAGAUCGGACAGAAAUGUUCCUGAUAUUUGCCGACUCCCAGAAGUUUUCCUGCUGACUUUGGGUCGGAUCUUACAGCGUUUACGUCCUGGUGUUUCAGUGUUCUGAGUGCCCUAACCCCCUUCACAUCUAAAAAUACCCUAAAACAGAGUGGAAGGCUCACUCUUUAAAAAAAUAGCUACACCUACAGAACAUUUCACAGCUUUCAAAGCUUGUCUCCAAAGUCCUUACUUCACCUUCUGCUAGCAGCACCCCAGACAGCAUUGGAUAUUUGUAAUAACAAUUGUGCUCAGAGAACCCCAACCAGCUUUAUUUUACCAAACAUGUGGUGGUUCAUGAAGAUUUGUGAACUCCCGUGACUUUUCCACUUUAAUUUGAUGCUAGGCUAGUAGCACAAAGCCAACCGUGUUGUCACACUCUGCUUCAAUAAUACUAAUAAUUAAACAGAUAUUGGUACUUCUUGAUUUUAA